UCAAUAACUCUCAGAAACGGGAGGCAAACGAUAGGCUUUUAUUAGCAGCAAAACGGAGCACAGCAUCUCGGAGACUGAGGGGGGAGCAGUGCCUCCAAUCGCCUUUAUACAGGGGUCUGUGGGAGGAGCCACAGGAGCAGUCAGCAGAGGGGCGUGUCCAGACAGUUUACUGACACCGCUACAACGUGUUUUUAUCGCUGGCUGUCCAGACGGAAGGUGCUGAAACGCUUUGUCGCGUGUCUGGAAGAAGUGAAAACUUUCCUGGGCAGCAAAGGGCUCACCUUUCCUGAGCUGGAACAGCCAGAGUGGCUGGAAAAGCUACACUUCAUGGUAGACAUGACAGCGCACCUGAACACGCUGAACACAGCUCUUCAGGGGAAAGGACGUACAGCUCUACACAUGUUGGAGGAUGUUUUGGCAUUCGAGCGCAAGUUGACAGUGCUUGCCAGAGAUUUACAGAAAGGCACUUUGUCUCACUUCCCCAAUUUGAGAGAGUUCAAACAAGGUCACGACAUGAUAAUUUCGGAGUAUUUACAUUCUGCAAUCAUCGCAAUGCAAACAUCGUUUGGGAAACGCUUCUGUGAGUUCAGAGAGGAAAAAAACACAUUAUCCUUCCCGGUCACUCCCUUAAGCAUCGAUCCUUCCCUACUGAAUACGACUGCAUUGGCAGGUGUGAGUCAACCUGAUCUUGAGAUGGAACUGGCCGACAUAGCCGACAAAGACAUAUGGGUGUCCAAGUUUAGACGCUUGACAGCAGACCUUGAAGAUGUUGCCCGUCAGAAGGCCGUUCUUGCUCAGAAACACAAAUGGAGUGAUAUUGAAAACCUCACAGAUGACAGCUUGCGAUCCUGUGUAAAGAUGAAGGUGACAUCAUACAGCCCUGAUGUGCAGACGCUGUGCGCUGAGGUCCAGGAGCAGAAAUCCCAUUAACCAAGUAUGAUAAAUAUUUUAAUUGCCUAUUAUUUUACUUAUAUUCAUAUUUUUUCAUUGUUCAGUGAAAUAGUCCUUUCAUUUUUCAGGAUGACAGCUGGCUGACGUUAUUUUUGGUUUGCUGCUGGCGGAAAAUUUAAGUUCGGCGUUUUUCAUAAAUACAAGAAGGACUCAAAUAGACAUUGAAUAUUUUACUUAAAAGUAACUUUCAACCCAACGUCUUUUUUUCGGAGUUCAAAAUGUUUUUGUUGCAUGCAGAAAUGUAAUUUUGUUUUCUCUGCAGGAGUUCAUCAAUUUCAUAAAUGCAACACAUUAUAGUUUGUUUAUACAUAGCAUAAAGGCAAAAAAAACGUUGUAUGCAGUGUUAUUUCAUUUUAAAUGUCAAACGGGUUUUGCGGCUCCCAGUGUUUUCUUUUCUGUGGGAAACGGGUCCAAGUGGCUCUUUCAGUGGUAAAGGUUGCUGACCCCUGCCUUAGGAUGAGGUGAAACACUCUUUCCCUUAGAUCUACCAUAGACAUAUUGCAAUCAAAUUAGAUCACUACAUUAACACUGAAUUCAGUACGUGGGGUAGUGGAGAGUGAGAAAGAAAUAAGAGUUACUGCCCAGAAACAGGCCCUUCUGCCCAUCCAGCUCAUGCCAAUCUGAUCUUCAGCCUAGUCCUGGACCACAUCCCUCCAAACCCUUCCCAUUCAUGUACCUAUCCAAACUUCCCUUAAAUGUUACAAUAGAACCUGCACGUAUCACUUCCACACUCGCACAACCCUCUGAGUGAAGUUUCCCAUAAAUAUCUCACCUUUCACCCUAAACCAAUUACCUCCAGUUCUAGUCUUACCAACCUGAUGGGGAAAAGUCUGCAUGCAUUCACCCUAUCUAUCCUCCUCCAUUUUGUAUACUUCCAUCAAAUCUCCCUUCAUUCUUCUUUGCUCUAGGGAACAAAGUACUAAGCUAUUCAACCUUUC